CAGUUAUUAGCUUUAUUUAAAGAAAAAACAAACAAAAACAAACAAAUACCAAAAAAAUCAUGAGACGAUAUGAACAUCAUGAAAGUAUAUUUUAUCGGUAUCCAUGGAUUGCUACUGAUUCUAUCAUUUGUUUCAGGUCGACUGUUGAAACCAAAGAUAUCUUUUGACAAAUACCCGUUUGUUGGCGAGAGAGUACACUUUAAAUGUAAUUUAGUUAAUGAACGUAACAACAGUUAUACUUAUUUCUACGGAGAUGUACACUCUCGAGAUAACUUUUUAGAUGUCACCCAUUUGGAUAAAGGAAGGAAAGUAUCUUGCCAAUCAACCAAUCGGUAUGGCGUAGAAUCGGAUUUCAGUAACGUGCUAACAUUGGAUCCACAUUAUGGACCCGAAGACGUUCAGAUAUUUCCUACAGGCAAUGUUUACAAUGUUACUGAACAUGACCGACUCUUCCUUAGCUGUUCAGCAAAGUGCUAUCCAGAUUGCAACUUUUACUGGACGGACAAACAAGGGCAGAACACUUCCCAAGAGUAUAACCUUAUUAUCAACCAAGUGAAACGAGAAAACGGUGGACUUUUUGGAUGCCACGCCAAUCACGAGGUCGUAGCCACAAAAACUAAGGUCAAAAAUAUUACUAUUAACGUUCUCUAUUCACCGAAAUUCAAUGAUUACAUCAUGUUUAAACUAAACUAUACAACGUCAAAAAGAUAUAACUUCACGGAAGGCACGUUGAAAUUUACUGUGAUUAUCGAGAGCAAUCCUAAAUCCUGUAUAGGAAUGUACAGUUCAGACUUAAACACAAAGACAGCUGCAAAAAUCUCUAGCAACGGGGUCCAUUACAGCAUAAGAGUUCCCCACAUGUCAUGUGAAAACACAGGCAACUAUACAUUAGUAGCAAGUAAUGGUAUUGGUAUGAGUUCCAACAUGACAGUACAGCUAACUAUACUCUGCAAGCCUAAAGAACUUAUUAUUGCUCCGGACGAUAAACAUACUGAACUUGGACAAGAAUUGAUUGUGCAGUUAUCUGUUGUAUCUAAUCCAAAACCAAACGUCACAUGGGUCAACGGUACCAGCAAUCUAUGGGAACUGAUAGAGAUGAAGGAUUUCAGAUUCAAAUUUACUUCAGUGUUAAAGGCUAGCCAGCUGUCAGAUUACGGAGUGUAUGAAGUUACAAUCUGUAACACUAUUGGAUGUAUCACAGAAUAUGUAAUUUUACAACCAAAAGAAAAGAUGGAUUAUUUAGUGUAUGCAGUUUCUGGUGGUGGAGCAGCACUGUUCUUAAUAUGUAUAGUCACGUGCUGGUUUUACUGUAGAAAAAAACGACAGCAAAACAAAGCAAUAAAUGAGCAGCCUAAAAACAAAGCAACCAACCAGCAGCCUGAAAACCAAGCAACCAAUCAGCAGCCUAAAAACAAAGCAACAAAUCAGCGCCCUAAAAACAAAGCAAUAAAUGAGCAACCUCAAACCCAAGCAACCAAUCAGCAGCCUAAAAACCAAGCAACCAAUCAGCAGCCUAAAAACAAAGCAACAAAUCAGAAGCCUAAAAACAAAGCAACCAAUCAGAAGCCUAAAAACAAAGCAACCAAUCAGAAGCCUAAAAACAAAACAAUCUAUCAGCAGCCUAAAAACAUCCCAGAGAAUGGUGAUUACAAAAAAGUUGAACAUAUAUACGAUGAUAUAAUCACUAGCAAUUUCUCGGAUGUACAUUACCGUAAUUUAGAAAAUGAAGACACCAACGCAUUAACUCAUCCUGGAUAUGUAAACAUACCACAGCCAAAGCAAGAGAUGGCUAAUCAUAAAAACAAAAACCAGCCAUCGUCAAGAAAAUAUGUGAACAUAAAAUAGUAAAACCCGUUGUUUAAAAAGCAGUUUAAGCUAUGAAGUCACACACACUAUUUCAACUGUUUUGUAGUCGUUUUUCUAUCUUUUUUUGUACAAUUUGUUUUGUCUAAUGAUUUUAUUUAUUAUUAUUUUUCAUCGUUUAGUAGUAGUUAACAUGUAAAAGACAAAACAAUGUCGUUCAAACAAAUCUGAAAGAAAACAGAAUUACAAAUGGUAUGUGGUAUGAUUGCCAUAAUAUCAAAAGCCAAGAAAUGACAAAUGCAAAACGAUUCAAAUGAGAAAACUGACGGUCUAACUUGUGUAAAAUAUAAUGAACGAAAAACAAAUAUGAUAGAAAGCUACAAACCACAUCCACUGAAUUAAAGGCUCCUGACUUGGGACAGGCACAACUGAAUGCUCCGAAACCUCCUCCUUACAUGGAAAAGAGGUGCAUACUUUAUUUGGCCUUUUCAACAUUUUGGAUUCGAACGUCAAUGAUGAGUCUUUUGAAGAUGAAACGCGCGUCUGGCGUUUUUUUGUAAUUUAUUUUUAUUUCAUCUGAGAAUACACCAGGUAUAUAUUGUGAUACAGAAUUACAUAUUAAGUUUUUCAAUAGCAGUCUAAUUCAGUUAGUUAUGCUAAUACACAUCUUUUAUCACUCUGGAUUAGAAUACCUGAAUAUGCUGAUAAGGUUAAUGAUUGCAUCAGCCUUCUCCUCUAGCCACAUGCAUCACUGAUUAUACAAUGAUGUUGAACAUGAGAGGUACCAGGGGAGGGCACCAGAGAUCAUUAACAGAUAACAUGUUGGACAACAUGUUGGACAGAGUCACAUAAUAAAUGUCAACCUAAGUCAAGGGGAGAUAAUUCAAAUACAAUCAAACACAAACUAGUAUAUCAAUAUAUAUAUAUAUAUAUAACAAUAGCAAUAAACAUAGAUAGUACUUUUAAGAUGCACACAAAUCACUGUCCAGUUGUGAUGUGCAUCAACAUAUUAUUAAUUCUAAAUGAACUAUUAACGCGUCUGGCGUUAAUAUGAAAUUUUAAUCCUGGUAUCUAUGAUGGGUUUAUGUAUAGUUUUACACUUAAUUUAUUUUGUAUUAAUUCAUCUAA